UAUUAAUAAAUGGGGAAUCUUAUCGAUCAGAUUAAAACUUUGCCUGACCCCAGGAAUACCAAUAUUCUGGCUAAUUUGUCACUCGCAAAAAUCCGGGAGCAUCAUGGAGGUUUUACCAGUGUCUGAGAUGCCUUCAGUAUAAACUUGACAGAAUUCGAACAGAUAUUUUCAUUGACAGAAGCCACGUUUAAAAUUUUUGAUACUGACCAUAAUGGAUUGAUAGAUUCACUUGAGUUGUUUUCAGGAAUGAUCCUUUUUGCUGAUGCUAAAGCUGAAGAAAAGAUCAGAUUUCUCUUCGAUUUGUUCGAUUUCAAUGAUAUCCAAAGCUUAGACCUGAAAGAUCUUGAAUUCAUGAUCAUCCAAUGCUGUAUUACAGCUACAGCAAAGAUGUAUGGUCUUGAUGAGGAGUUUUCCGUACCAGAAAUUACCAAAUUAGUCGAGGAUACUUUUCCGGAAGGACAGAGAAUUACCCUACCACAGUUGCUAGUAUGGGCUUCAAAAACAGAAAGAAUCAAGCAAUUCUUCAAGGUACUAAAGCUAGAAGGACCUGAAUUUAUUGCCCAGAAACAGAUGGUUGAGCAUGAGUUCAAUCUUUAUGAGAAAUAUAACCUUGAGCCAAAGUUUAAAUUUCCUAAAGGAGGGGCUAAGAAGUCAAAAAUAUCUCAAGGGAAAAGAGAGAAGAGGAGGAAGAAUUUCAGAACUUGGCUUCAUUCAGCACUAAAUCCUGUUAUUGCUUACAGAACUGAAAAUUCAACUGUGAGCAAUUACCUAAAAGAACCUGACGAGGUCAAUGCUUCAUUAGAGUGGGCGUACGGGAUCAGAUGAACUGAUGUUAAGAGACCUUGCCAGUACACAGUUGGACAAGUCUAUGCUAGAUCUAUUGGAUACCAAGAAGAGUAUGGGAGUUAUAUGAUGACCAAUAAUGAGGAGCUUAUAUAUUUCACUGCUUGUAUUGUCGUUCUCUUUAACCCAAAGCUAAACCAACAGAGGUUCUACACUCAGCAUGAGCAAGAGGUUAUCUCAUGUGCUGUUAGCAAUCAGAAUGGAGACUUCAUUGCAACUGGAGAGCUUGGUGAUCCAACUCUUGGAGCAAGAGAUAAUCAGCUCUAUAAAAUUCAUGUAUGGAAUUCGAAAACUUUAGAGAAUUUGGCAAUAUUGUCAGGUAUUCACAGAAGAGGAAUUCAUUUGCUCUGAUUCUCAAAAUCUGACAAAUAUCUCAUUACAUGUGGAUUGAACAAACCCUCAGCUGUUGUGAUUUAUGAUUGGAAGAGAGAAAUUGUCUUAGUGAGUACUUCUAUUCCUUCUCCUACUCAGGACAUUUUCAUAUUCCCUGAUCUGUACAUUGACGAGAUUAUCAAAGAGGAGGAAGAAAAAGAGCCUCAAGAAGAAACUAAAUUUAUAGCAAUCGAAGAAGGAGAUGCUGAAGGAGAGAGUGAUGAAGAAAACAAACAAGUUGAGAUCAUGGCUAAGACCAGACCUGUGCAUCAACCUGAGAAGAUUGUGAUUUUAUCCAAAAAUGAUAUCACUAUUUUCGAUCUAACACCCAAUUCUUUAAAUUCACACACUAUAAGUAUCAAAGAUUCAGAUAUAAAAUCAGAGGUGAUCUGUGGUAUGGCCAUGAUCAUUGAUGAAAAGAAUGCUUACUACAAACAUGUUGGUAGCAAAGGAGAGAAGAAAUACCUCAUACUCACAGGUCACAGAGAUGGAAGUGUCUGUCUUUGGAAAUUCUACCAAUUCCAAAGUGUGUUGAUCAACUAUAAGGAUGAAAUCACUUGAAUGAAUUUUUGCAAUUUGAACCAAAUUGCUUUCUGUACUCUUCGUGGGUACAUCUAUAUAUGGGAUAACUACCUCUCAACAUGUCUGAAGAUAAUAGAACUGAAUUCCCUGAGCUUCAGCUUGCUCUCAUACCACAUUGUUGGGUUGGACUACAACAAGCAGAAGAUCCUCUUAACGACUAUAGCUGGAGAUGUAGUGGAAAUCUCCCUUGAGCAGAAGAAAAGAAUUCGGGCCAAGAAAUAUAACUCGAUCACAAAACUUAAUGGUGAAAUGAAAGGCAUGGGAGUCCUCAACCAGAUGGAAAGCGUCUUCAUGAUCGGUGGGGACUCAAGCUGUGUCUAUAGCUAUGAUAUCAAUAGUAAAGAGCUCAUCGAUGUCUGGCUUGUCGGACUUAACAUCACAGCUAUUGAUUGAAUCUCGUUAGAAGAUGGAGGUUUCAUAGCAGCAGUUGGCACUGAUGAAGGCAAGGUAGCUAUUAGACAAGACUGGGAAGAGCUUACAAGGAGAAUAGAGUGUGGAAGCGCUCCAAUCCUUGAUAUAAAAUUUUCAAAAGUUGGUACAAUGAUUGCAGUAGCUAGUUUGGAUAAAAGUGUAUACCUUGUUGAGUUCAAAGACGAUGAGUACAAACCCUUACUAGGAAUAAAAAUUGAGAACGGGUUCCCAAUCAGUUUAAAUUUCUCAGAAGAUUCUUCCAGGAUCUUGAUCACUACAAACAAAAGGCAGUUGCUCUUGAUGAACUCUAAAAAUUAUGAGCUACUGUCUACAAUCGAGGAUGUAUCUCAGUGCUAUUGGAAUGAAUGGAACGGUCGCUUCUGACUCAAUACGAAGCUACAAAAGAGUGAUUCAAUUCCUAUCACAGUCGGAAGGAGAAGUAACAUCGUAGUCUCAGGAGAUGAAUUUGGAACAGUACAUCUUUGGAGAAAUCCUGAAAGUGUAAAGGAUAAUGUUGGGUGAAGCUUCAAUGGACACGGCUCUCAGAUCCAGCAAGUUCACAAUAUUGAUAAAUUCUCAAAUGGCUCAAAUGAUUCGAAAAUCUUGAGUAUGGGCAAUGCAGAUAAAACAGUCUUGCAAUGGAAGAUCAACUUUCUGUAUGAUGAAAGUUUCAGAGGUUUUGAGAAGAUGACAGAAAAGGGAGCCAAACAAAGAAAACAAGUAUAUAUUGAUGAUGUUCGUAUCAAAGAUGAUUCAUUAAUCAAUGAACUAAAUUAUGCACAUGCUUCAAAGCCUGUUAAAGAGAAAUUCAGUGAUUCUGCUGUUCUCAUCAGAGCUAGUGCUUCGAAAAUUAUUAACAGAAUAUUAGCUAAAUAAUCAAUUUGAUCUAAGAGACACAAUUUGGAAGAGGCCUCCACCUGCUUCCUUAAUCCUUGAACAUGUUUAUGGAAUGCAAACUUCAGAUAGAAGACAUUCAAUAUUCUAUCUUCAUCUAACCGACGAGGGAGAAUCAACCACAGAUGAGAAGCGUAGCCUCACUAACGAUAUUCUUGGCUUGAGUGAAAAAUUGGGGACUCAGGCCAGCAAACUAGAGCUUCUUCUUCCAAAACUCCUAGGCCCAAACUACAGAUAUAUGAUAGAGAAAGGAGUUAGGUCAUUCGAACCAAUUAAAUACGAAAAGAGGCACAUGAAUUGCUUCAAAAAUUUUAUCUAUUAUACAAGUCGAUUAGGAAUAGUGUUUAACCCGAUCAAGAACAAACAGGAGUUUUAUGAAGGCCAUAAAUUGAAGAUCUCUGCUAUGGCUCUACAUCCAAAGAAGUCUAUAAUAGCUACGGGGGAAGUGAAUGUGAAUCCUGAUAUUCAUAUCUGGAAUCCUCAAACUCUAGAAACAUUAGCAAUUCUCAACACAACACAUAGAGGAGGGAUCUUGCAUCUGACAUUUUCUGGAGACGGAUCCAAAGUGAUUAGCUGUGGAAUAGACGAUGCCAAUAGUAUCCAAGUGUUCCAUUGGGAGCAACAAAGAUGCAUUGCAUUUAAGAAUACAGGGAAACUGCCUAUAUUCUCUCUUAAGGCAGACCCUUAUGACUUGAAUAAAUUUAUGACCUGAGGAUACCAGCAUAUCGCUCAAUGGACUCUGACUGGUAACCAUCUGACAUGUAGCAAUUUCAUCCAUAUUGAAAAUGAGUAUGCUGAAGAGGAGCAGAAGGAAGAGAGAAAAAUAGCUGAUCCAGAUGAGAAAGAAAAGAUAGUCUUCAUGUGCAUGGAUUUUAUUUGCCAUAGGAUGGGCUACGGUAUUGAGAGCGAUGUCUACAUAGGCUCUAGUAAAGGAACGAUUAGUUGCUACACUUCUGAGAAGCAUAUCUUUUUGAAUAAGAAAGCCCAUGAUGGCAUAAUCAAUUGCAUCAGAGUCACUGAUAUGGCAAGUAUUAACAAAUCUGCCACUAAUGUGAUAACUUGAGGGGAAGAUGGAUUCAUUAAAAUCUGGGAUCCCAGCAUCACUCUGAUUCAGGAAGUUGAUGUUAAAGUUGUAAAUCCUUUACCAGAUCUAAGCAAUAAAAAAGCUUAUGGAAUCCAAAGCAUAGACUGAUACCUCUGAGAUAAAAAGAAGAAGCAGUUGCUUCUUAUUGGAGUUAGAUCUGGAGAAAUCAUUGAAGCUGAACUUGAGCAGUUCGUUAGCCAUCCUGAAUUUCAAAAUCAAUAUGAUGAAGGAGUUCAGCUAGAGUACAAAUUCACAUUCAGGUCUUACCUUAGUGCUCAUAGCUCUCUCAAUGUAAGCAGGAAUUUGAAGAAGGUCCAUAUUGCAGUUAAUACAAAAUAUCCAAUCUUUGUGUCAGUUGGAGAUGAUGAAACCAUCAGAAUUUGGGACAUCAGAAAGAGAACCCUACUUCUGACCAAAAAUCUUGGUGCUCAGGCUACAUCGGUAGCGUUCCAUCCAGAUGGGGAUUUUCUCGCUGUUGGUUUGUAUAAUGGAAUCUUUCUCUUACUAGAUUCUAAGAUGAAGAAGUUGAAUUAUGGUACUUACCAAGAAGAAUUUGAUCUUCCAUCACUGGAUAUCAUAAUGAACCCCAGGGAAUCUAAAGGAGCUGUUCUGUGUAUCAGAUUCUCAAUUAGAGGAGACUACCUAGCUGUAAGUUAUGACAAUGAGAAGUCAAGUAGCAAGAAAGGAGAAUUAAGGGCUUCAAAAUUUGAUGCAAGUUUUGUUCAGCUUUAUGUAAAUCGUCACUCUGCAAAGUCUCUAAAUAAUCCAUCAAACUCAAGAUCCUUAUAUAUCAAGAAGAUGAAAAUUGUCUUACCUGUUGCUGAUUUUCAUUCCUCAGUAGAGAUGAGGAAUACUACAGCUGUAUCUCAAAUGGACUUCUCUGAUGAUGACCUCUUCCUCCAAAUGUGCAGCAUGAAGAUUGAUGAAGAAAAUGUAAGAAACUUCGAAGGCGGGGAAGACAUCUUUGCAGUAUGGGAUAUCGAGAAUAACGAAUUAGUCAAUGACUACAACCAACUUAAGAAAUCAGACUGGAUCUCAUGGACCAUAUCUAAUGCCAUUUAUGCCAGAUUUUUGGGAGAUCAUUUGAAACCGAAGAAUCCUGAAGAAGAAACUGCCCUGAAAGUCUCUGAAAAUUGCAUAAUGAGUGCAUGACAGAAAUUCCCAACAAUAAUGAAUGGAGUGUGUGGAAACACUCUUGGAGAUGUGUUCUUGUUUAGGUUCUCAGCACUGUUCAUCGACAAAGGAAAGCAGCAAGAAUUCUCUAUCGAUUCAUUAGAGAAAACAGAUAUGUCUUUGACGAGAUCUUUCUCUGCUCAUUCUAGUAUGGUCACUUACACUGAAUUGUUUGGAGAACACUAUGUUCUCACAGUAGGCCUUGAAGAUCAAUGAGUCAUGCAAUGGAAAAUUGAAUAUGAAGACAAAGACUGGGAGCUUGAUUUUAAUAAGUUCAUUGAAGAUAGAGAGGAUCCUUUCAGAGAGGUGCCUAUUCAAGAAAGGUUCUCCACCUUGUUACAUGAAAUUUGGGCUCAAAGACUUGAUGUUUCCAGAAUAAACCAAGAUGUCAAUCUAGACCUGCUUGAUGAUCCUCCAGUGCGACUAGAAAUAGAAAGCGUCAUUGGAAGAAGAGCCUUUGAUAGAAGAAAUAAUGUCAUGCUUGAUUCCCAAGAGAGAAUUGUCUCUUGAGCUGCAUCAUUAAUGAUUUUUAUGGAGGACAAUGAAAAUUAUGAUCCUGAUGAUGAAGAGUCCUCCAUUAUUAAGCAGACUUUCUUAAGUCCAGAUGAUCAGAAGUUUACAUCUAUCUCGCCUGAAAUUUCUUGCUUUACAUUCAAUGAAGAUAGAAGAAUCUUAGUUAUUGGAACUGCAGAAGUUGAAUCUAAUAUUAUCGUAUGGGAAAUCGGGACAAAUCUUGUUCUAAGUAAAUUGGUCCUCCCUUGGAUCUCAGUAGUUCAGUAUAUCAAAGUUGCACAUGAUGAUAGACAUUUGAUAUUUGUUGGACUCACAGAGCACUUCAUCCAAGCCAUUGUGCUGGUAGAUUUCAUUGACAGAAAAAUUAUCACAAUGAGACAACUGGUCCAUUCCUUGCCUUACAAAAUAAAGGAUAUUCAGUUCUACCCAAAUUCUAUCAGGAAGUUUGUAACAUGUGGAGUCCAGCACUUGAAUUUCUGGAGGCUCAAUGGUAGAAAUCUUGAGUAUCAGAUUGGAGAACUCUCAAUUCCCAAAGCUUUUAGUAAUCUUGGAGGAGGAGUGUACUCCCACACCAACAAGCAGACAGGAAAGUUCGGACUUGGCUUAGUCUGUGAUGACAUCGAACCCACUGAUGAAGAACUUAAGGCAAUGAAGCAUGAAGAUCUCGAAACAAUUUAUGUUUCCUUCCUGUGCUGAUGCUUCUUGAAAGAUACUUUGAUCACAUGUGGAGAUGAUGGAUUUAUAUACCUCUGGGAAAGCGAAAGGAUCGUCAGAAGAGUAUUCGCACAUGAAGGAGCAAUACUUUGAAUGGACUCCAGCGACAAAUUUGGACUUCUUGUUUCUGGAGGAACUGAUGGAACAGUGAUACUCUGGAGACUUAGAGUAGAAGCUCGAUCUCAUGUAAAAAGUCUUGAUAAGUUGAUCUAUUAUUCCAUUGCUAAGUAUGUUGAUCCAGUGAAAGCCCUUGAAAUGGCUAAAUAUAAUAUCCAAAGUGUCUGAAUUGGUAAAAAUAGGAUUCUUAUUGGAACUCGUAGUGGAAACAUCUUCGAAAUCGAAAUAAGUGAGGAUGAUAAGCUCAUUAAGCCAAAGCAAGGUCAGGAAAUAAAGCUCAAGAAAUGGAUUGAAACUAUUGACCAUGAAAUUCCAAAGAACAUCUCUAUUGAUAAAACAUCUGUGAGAAUUUUCAUGGUCACUGAAAUGGGAAUGUUCUCAAUCUGGGACUUGAGAACGUUUGAGUUAAUCUAUACCAGAGAAUUCCAUAAAAGAGCAAAGAUGAUCUACUCUUUCAAGCUUAGUAAUAAAGUAAUGCUUGUCUUUGAAAAUGAAAUUAUUGUGCUUGAUUCAGAUCCAGAAGAAAAUAAAUUUGAAGAGAUGAAAAAGUACAAUCUGAAGCUCAAUACAAUUUCUGACUGUAAAGUGAAUCAUAGUGAAAGGAUUCUUGGUGUUGCCACAAUCUCUGCAGCUGCUCCUGAAGUCUCUCUUUAUGACACAGAGGAUGGGUUCACACUGUUAAAAACAUUGUUUGGGUUCAAAGCAUCCAUUAAGUAUAUCGAUUUCUCAUCAGAUAAUUACUACCUCCAAUGUGAAGAUAACUUGGGGGAAACAAUGCUGUUCGAAAUUGAGACAAGAAGAGUUGUACACACUGAUGCCAUUGAUUUCGAACUUGAGUGGUUAGGAGAAGGCCUUAAAGGAUCUUCUACUCUUGAUGGAGUAAACUUCUUCUACGACAACAACAAUAAAAUCACCAAAAUAGCUAAAGUUAUUGGACUUCCUGUUGUAGCUAUCAGUGAUGAUCUCGGAACCAUUAGAUUGUUCAACUACCCGAACAAGGACGGAGAGCCAUACUACCAGUGUUACGCCGACCACCUCUUCUCAGUAUCAAACUGCUUAUUCUCACCCAACAGAAAGCUGUUACUGAGCACAUCAGAGUACGAUAGAUGUAUCUUUAAGUGGAAGGUGAUCUACAGAAAGGAUAUAUUUGAGAAAUAUGAGCAAAAUGAUGAGAUUCUCUAAAAUCUCUCAAAUUCAA